AAAGUGCCGUUGAUAGUUGAUAAUACAAAGCAUCAUUGUUGAUGAUGUUUCAGGUCAAGACAAAAACCAAACUCAACGGCUAUACUUUCGCUCUCUCACUUCACCACCGAUCGACAUUUUCCCCGGAAUCAUAAAUCCGACGAAACUCUCGCACAAUCAUUUGAACCCUAAAACCAAGUCACACCACCUCACCUCCGAUGCAUUUCUAUUUUUGGUAACCACUUCAUCAACAGAUCACGUCUCAACUCAUCAUCAUCAACAUCGAUAUAAGCUCAUCACUUUCUUCAAAUUGACCUUUGGUUCUUCCCAACCAGGUUAGAAUCCACGAAAAUUGUUUAAAAAAAAGUUUCAUCUUUUAGAAACACGCUCCAUUUCUUGAUUGUCCCCCUUCGUGUCGCCGAUCUCUUCGCUUUUUACCACUUGAUUUCUAUUACAAGAGAUAUUGUUGAUCUUAUUUAAAUUCUCACAGCUGAAUCGUCUUUUGGAGUUAAUCGAGUAAAAUGCCCUUUGAUACGAGGCUCUUUUGGGGGUCCUUCUGUUGAAAGGGCAUUAGGGUUUUGGUUCUUAUCUUGUGUUUCUGUUUCUGAACAAAGUAAUUACUUUUGUUUGUUGAAACCUUUUGAUUCUUUAGGGUUCGUUUGUUGUUGUUGUUGUAAGUGUAAUACAUGUUCUAUUUGAUUGAGAUGUGACGAAUAUUGUUGUAAAAAAAGAAGAUAGUGAAGAGGAAGAAGAAGAAGCCAAAAGUUUAACACUUUGUGUGAUCGGAUUGCUACAAUGUCAGCUGUUGAUGUUGCUUUGAGUCCUAUCCACAUAGAAUCCGGUUUCAUUCAUAACCGGAACAAAUCCAUUGUCAUAUACCUAACUGUCGCUGAUUCUGUGAUUCCCAUGUGUAUUCUGGAAUCCGAUUCCAUUGCUUCAGUAAAACUCAGGAUUCAAACAUGUAAAGGGUUUCUAGUGAAGAAACAGAAGCUAGUUUUCGAAGGAAAAGAAUUAUCAAGAAACAACACUCUUCUUACAGACUACGGUGUUUCAAGUGGUGAUGUUCUUCAUUUAAUUCUCAGGGUCUCUAACCUUCUUGUAAUCACAGUUGAAACCGCUUUCAGAAAAGAAUUCAAAUUCCAAGUUGAAAGGUUUAGAAACAUAAGGCAUCUGAAACAGAAGAUAUCAGAACAAGCAAAAGGGUUUCCAUUUGUUAACAUUGAUGAUCAAGAAAUCUUGUGUAAUGGUGAAAAGCUUGAUGAUCAAAGACUCAUUGAUGACAUUUGCAAGAAUCAAGAUGCUGUUGUUCAUUUGGUUGUUCAGAAACCUCAAGAAUCUCAACCUAGAAAAGAUCUCAGAAACAAAAAGAUUCAAAACAAAUCACUUUUGCAGCCUAUUAUCAUCAAUCCUGAUUUGAAAAUUCCACCUGUCAUAUGGGACAUGUUACAUUCAGCAUCAGAAGGUUUAAAAAAAAUAAAAAAACCGAUUAGGUCAUCAGAGGGGACAGGUGGCGCGUAUUUUAUGCAACACCCAUCAGGGAAAAAACACGUUGCUAUUUUCAAACCCAUAGAUGAAGAACCAAUGGCUGUUAACAACCCUCAAGGGCUACCUCCAUCAACAAAUGGUGAAGGACUAAAGAGGGGGACUAAGGUAGGCGAAGGUGCACUGAGGGAAGUUGCAGCCUACAUCCUUGACCAUCCGUUGACCGGACCUCGGUCAACAAAAAUGGAGAUGGGUUUUUCGGGUGUGCCCCCAACAAUCAUGGUAAAGUGUUUGAAUGAAGAGUUUAAUCAUCCACAAGGGUAUGAUGGUGGUGAAAAGAAUAUCAAGAUUGGAUCUUUGCAGAUGUUUGUUAAGAAUUGUGGUAGUUGUGAGGAUUUGGGGCCUCGGGAUUUUCCAGUGGAAGAGGUUCAUAAGAUCACGGUGUUUGAUUUGAGAACCGCAAAUGCCGAUAGGCAUGCGGGAAAUAUUUUGAUGAACCGCGAAAGUGAUCGGAUUGUGUUGAUUCCUAUCGAUCAUGGAUACUGCUUGCCCGAGAAUUUCGAAGAUUGCACGUUUGAUUGGCUCUAUUGGCCACAAGCGCGCGAACCCUACUCACAAAAAUCACUUGACUACAUAAACUCGCUAGAUGCAGAGCAAGACAUAGCACUUUUAAGCUCAUAUGGGUGGGACCUUUCACUCGAGUGUGCACGUACCUUUCGCAUCUCCACCAUGCUUCUAAAAAAAGGUGCAAAAAAAGGGCUCUCCCCCUUCACCAUAGGCAAAAUCAUGUGUAGAGAAACAUUAAACAAAGAAUCCAUGAUUGAAAAGAUUGUUGAAAAAGCCCAUGAUUCCAUGAUCACAGGAAUGAGUGAGGUUGUGUUUCUUGAAACUGUCUCUAAGAUCAUGGAUUCUGAGCUUGAGAAUGUGUGUGUUUAAGGCUCGUAUAGGAUUUGAGUAAUUUGUUGGGUUUUAGUUUUUUUUUUUUUUUUUUUUUUUAUGAAGUAUUUGCUUUGAAUUUCUGUUGAGGUGAUUGACGGAAGUUUGGAGUGAUACGAAUAAAAGUGUGAUCAAGAUCAGCAAUGGUGUUUUUUAGAUCUUGUUGCUGAAUUUGGGUUUGUAGUUGAAUGAUUUGUAUUUUGUAGUUAUGUAACAAAGCUUUUGUUGCUUAUGAUAAUUGAUGUGUUAAAAAACA